UGCAGAAUUACAGGAACAAAUGACCAACAAAAUUUAAUUAGACAAUUGACUCUGGACGCUGAGGAGCUCAUGGCUUCCUAUCCCCUAUAAACCAUAUUCUGUGAGUGGAAUGUUGCAAUAUAUGGCGCAGAAUACCAAAUGAGUAGCAGCAGCAUAGGUUCUUUAAACAUUACGCACAAUGAUUGGAUAACUCAAUCGCGCACUGGGCUUAAGUAUUCCACCAAAUCAAUCAAGGACGGAAGUGGAAAGAUGGGCAGGGAGCAGUGCUAUCAAGCAAUGACGACCAUCAAAAAAUGUAUGGCGACGAGGCAUUUAAAUAGUUCGACGAAGGAUCAACUGAGAUAUGCUUAUAGUAAACUCGGUCGUUUAUAUUACUUUUUGGCAAGUAAUAACCCUGAGAAUUGGAUAUCUGCACAGCUUGGGCCCCUAUUCGACGAAGCCUAUGAUGGCUUUUCUGAGGUCCUUUGUCUCUUGAGAGAUCAAGAUCUGGCUAGUGACACUGACACAAUCAGAAUCAUUUCAGAGAAGCUGCAAAUAGUUUACCCCGAGAGUACUGCUGAUCGAAUCUGUCCUUCAAAACAAUCAAGAUCAGUCAUUAGCAGACAAGUCACUAUGGAGAUGGUGAAUUACGUCGCAGGUGGCCUUUCUGCUGUUCAUAAGCUGAUACCGUGUAUUACUAGAUAUCUUCCAGUUGCAUUGCUCCUGGAUAAGCUGAAAUAUCUAAGAACCCUCCUCAGCUUAACUGCAGAGCGGUGCAUUGAGCAUGAGAAAAUGAAGGAUCUCUUCAUCUUCGCUGAGGAUGUACUUUACACUGCCGCAUACCAAUCUAUCUUAUGUUGGAAGAUGGAUGAAGAGUCCCAGCCACGUGUCGUAGGCUCAAGUGUGAAUCUUGAGCCUGACUUCACGCCCAACUUCUCUGAAUUGCUGGAGAGGAUGAAUCUCAUUGAGCCUGAAUGGAGGCAGCUUUGUAUCAGUGUCUUGAAACCGUCAUAUUCAUCAGUAUCUAAAGUGAAGGAUCUAAGCUUUUCCACUCGGGUCACCUUGUUUGUUAACUUUCUCAAAAAGGAUCUGGAAGAGCUUCUAAGUCUUGAUGAAGUUGCCUUUCCUGAUGGAUUGCAAUGGCUCCAACAUGGACUUGAUAACCUUUCUGAAUUUCCGGGGAAAUUAAACGAGGCUUAUAAACAAGAUGAUCCUCUUUUAAUAUCAUACCCGCAAGCUCUGGCCAUUGAGGCUGCAAUUACAAUCUACUCCUUGUAUGAUGUGAAUUUGACGAAUAAUACUGAAAUAGACAAUGCGCUUCUUCCUUUGCAAGCCAAGUUCAGUCAUCUUGACGUAGAGAUCAUUCUGUUACAGAAACUAAGCUCAGAAAACAGCAUGAAAUACUAUUUUCUGGAAGAGCUGAUUUUCAUGAGAACUUUUCUCAUGGAUACAUUGGACCAGUGCAAAGAGCAGAUUCAGAUAUCCAACGUCUUGCCCUUAGUUCUAUCUGUGAACAGUGAUGCAGGGUCACUCAUUAAUUCGCCUUCUCGUGAUUCAAAGGAAGGAGAGUCGGCCAGGGGAAUUAAUCUCUUGCAUUUUCAAUUGCUUCUUAAAUUCAAGUUUAUUAAGGCAGCAAUUCGACAGAUCAUUUCUGCACCAGAGCGUCCUAUGAUAAAUCUGCUCAACUUUCUUCCUACUAAAUUUGAGGCCAUUGAUUCUUAUUUCACCAUGCUGAUAUCGUCAAAGACAUAUGAUAGCCCCAAGAUGGAUGAGGUUUUCAUGAGGUUUCAUGAAUAUAUUCUUGAAAAUCUGCUACUAGAGGAUGAAGCCAAUCUCAAACUUACUGAUACAGACAAGUUUAAGAGGUUUCAUCACGGGUUGCUUCUCUUGGUAACAUUUCUUGUCGAUCCCCCAAUUCAAUACAUUGACUGCAAGAAGCAAAAUUGUCUCCUGACAGAACUCGGAACUAUAGCAAUAGAGGCCGAAGCUGCUAUCAGUUUAUCUGAUGAGGAUGCUUUGGAUAGGAGCAAAAAUGGGAAAGUCAGUCUUUUGCUUCAGCUUGUGACUGUGGCUUUCAAGCUGUUCAAGUGGGAGGGAAAGUUAACGGAUAUACUAAAGCACAAAACCACUUUAGAGUCUCAAUUUCUGGAUCUGGUGGAAAAUGCACAUGAAGAACUUAUUUUCCUUAGAGCCUUUCUCAUGGAUCUUCUCAGGCAUCACAGAGAGCUUAACCAGUUUGAGGAUUUCUUAAUGAAUGCUGAAGUGGCUGCCGACAAGGCAGCAUUGAUUAGCAGUUACAGUUAUGAAAGCAGCUAUGGCGAAAUGAGUCUUUCAAUAUCUGAUUUCCUCAAAGAGAUCAAGUCUGUCAAUUCAGAGACCAGAGAGCUAUGCUUUCGGUUGCUGGAUGAAUCAGUCUCCUGCAUUACUAUCUCAGAUCUGAAAUGCCUUAUGAACAUGUUAUUCGACAUGCUGAACCACCUGAAUUCUUUGUGUGAAAUGAACUCUUUCGUGAGGAAUCGAAUCCCAGUAGUACAAGAGAAAUUGAAGUGCCUUGAUGAUAUUUUUCAGAAGCGCAAUAUGUAUAGAGAAGUCAAAGACCUUAUGGAAUGUGUUCUAAACGUCGCCUAUGAGGAAAAGUAUGUCAUUUUCUUCUCUGUCAGUGGUGAUAGUCGUGCUUGGUUUCACAUGUUAUACCUCUCUGAUGUCAGAAAAGUGCUUAAUUUUGUUGAGGCAGAGGUUAAAACUGUUUGUUCUAAAUUUCCAACUAUGAUACGCCUUUGCUUCCCGAACACCAGUGGAUUAGGAUUUCUCAAUUGUUUCUUGGGAAAAUUGGAGGAACUGUUACAGUCUAAGCUCGAGCUAGUUACCCAUCUGAAGCCUCAGAUUGUAUCAGUCAAGGAGGAAUUAUUGUGUUUAAGUUUGUUUUUCAAUCAUUUGGCAGAAAACUAUGAUGAGCAGGAUGAAGUUCAUGAUCAUAUAACUAAUGCUACUGAAACGGCGUACAAGGCCGAGUAUGUCAUUGACUCUUGCUUGGCCGGUUCUUACCCACUGUGGUACAAAGUUCAUUGGAUAACUGAAGUUGUUGAGAAUAUUAAGCUUGUCAAUAAAGAUGUUAGUGAGAACUGUAAAAGAAAGAAGAUUGACAUGAACCAAGCUGCAAAAGGUUCCACCAAUCCUGUCCCCCCAUCAAUAUCAGCUAUUACUGCCGGAGCAAAUGAAGAAAUGGUGGGUUUUCAAGAUGUGAUGGACAAAUUAAAACUACAGCUACUCGGAGGAUCGGAUCAGCUAGAUGUUAUCUCGAUAUAUGGUAUGCCUGGAAAUGGCAAAACCACUCUUGCAAAGAAGAUUUACAAUGAUCCGGCAGUUGGCUCUCACUUUGAUGUUCGUGCUAUGUGUUACGUGACUCAAGUAUAUUCACGGAGAGAGUUGUUGCUUGAUAUUUUGAAGGAUGUUCAUGGACCUGCUGAAUGCACUAAAAAAGAAGAUGGAGAAUUAGCUAAUGAGCUGCGUCGAUAUCUGUUGACCAAGAGAUUCUUAAUUCUCAUUGACGAUGUGUGGGACACAGCAGCAUGGGACGAUUUGCACCUGUGCUUUCAAGGUUCUCAGAAUAGGAGUAGAGUUAUUCUGACAACCAGGCUGUAUGAAGUUGCCGAUUAUGCUAAGUGUAAAAGCGAUCCCCAUCAUCUGCGCUUAUUCACAGAUGAUGAGAGUUGGAUGUUAUUAAAGGAAGAGGUGUUUCGAGGGGAGAUCUGCCCACCCGAACUUGGAGAAGUGGGAUUACGAAUAGCAAAAAGUUGCGGAGGGCUGCCACUCUCUGUUGUCUUAGUAGCUGGUGUUCUCAAAGAGAAAAAGAAGAAAGCAUAUUCGUGGAAAAAAGUUGAAGAAAGUCUAGGUUCACACAGCUUUGGUAGCUCAGAAAAGGGCAUGUCUAUAAUUGGUUUCAGUUACAAGAAUUUACCACACCGUCUGAAAACUUGUUUCCUCUAUUUUGGAGGAUUUUUGAGGGGCAAGCAUAUUCCUGUCUCUAAAUUGUCACGGGUGUGGUUAGCAGAAGGAUUUCUAGAAGAAGACAGUAAGGAAAAAGGAUCGGAAGAGGCUGCCCAAGAUUACCUGCAAGAUCUUACUAGAAGAAAUUUGGUAACGGAUAUGAAGAAGAAAUCCAAUGGAAAACUGAAAACAUGUCGCGUUCACGAUCUGUUGCACCAGUUCUGUGUGGAAAAGGCCAAACAAGAUAAUUUCCUGCUCUGGAUUCAUAGAGACCAAUGUGCGGAUUCUACUUUCUAUCCUGAAAUACCUAAGGAAUACCGCUUGUCUGUAUAUUCUAAACGGGAUGAGCUUGCUCAGUUGCUGACGUCUGGCUCAAGCACUCGUUCUUUACUAUUCAAUGCCAACAAUAAUGUUGAUUCUUCCAUCUUUAGCUACUUCAAGCUUGUUAAAGUGUUGGAUAUGGAAUCCAUUUACAUUGGUAAUACUUUUCCUAGUGAAAUAAUAUCACUAAUUCAUUUGAGGUACUUUGCUGCUCGGACGGGUGCAGAUUCAAUUCCUUCGUCUGUAGCAAACCUUUGGAAUCUUGAAACUUUCAUUGUUAAAGGAUUGCGCGGAGAGUUGAAGUUACCUCAUUCACUUUUGAAGAUGUUUAAAUUGAGGCAUAUACAUGUAAAUAGCCGUGCGUCAUUCAGCUUGGACGAUGACAUGUUUGAGUCACUUGAUAACUCAGGGUUAGUUAAUUUGGAAACCUUUUCCACUCCAUGUCUCUCUUAUGGUGAAGAUGCAGAGAAGAUAUUGAGAAGCAUGCCAAAUUUGAGAAAACUGAGAUGCAUAUUUCAGGGAUCGUCAACGAAAAUGACAGGAAACUGUGUUCUUUUUCCCAGAUUAGACUUUUUACAUCAGCUUGAAUCUCUAAAGCUUCUUUCCAACAGUUAUCCAGCUAAACAACCUCACGAAUUCAAUUUCCCCUCAAAACUAAGGGAAUUGACUCUGUCAAAUUUUCGUCUACCUUGGAACCAAAUUUCAGCCGUUAGUGAACUGCCCAACUUGGAGAUUCUAAAGUUACUUUUCAGAGCCUUUGAUGGGAAUCUAUGGGAAGUCAAAGAUUCGGACUUCCCUGAACUCAAAUACUUAAAAUUGGACAGCCUCAACAUUGUACAGUGGUCCGUCUCUGAUGAGGCUUUUCCUCAGCUUGAGCGUUUGGUUUUAACGAAAUGUAAGAGGCUCGAGAAAAUCCCUCCUCAUUUUGAGGAUGCUGUUUCCCUAAAAAUCAUUGAAGUAAGCUGGUGCAACCGGUCUGUGGACAAUUCAGCCCAGGAAAUUCAAGAAACCCAACAUGACAUGCAAAAUCAUGCCUUCACAGUUACAAUACAGCUUUCAGAUUGGGCCACAAGAUAUCCUCGAUUCUUACCUGAUAUUCCCACUAGCAGUUCAGGAGGCCAGCCUAGCGGACCGUAGGGUUGACCCAAUCAGACAGUGGUGAGCCGGCCAUAUUCGAGCUCCUAUGGUGGUUUUCUUCUAGAGAGUCUUAAUAUGCGGGGCCUGUUCCGUAGUACUCUUUAGAUAUUUCCAUGACAUUAUGAUGCAUCAGUUCAGACUAGCACCUUUGGGGUUUUCAGACAUUUAUGUUUUAGUUUAUUGGGUACAUUAGACUUACACUAUUCAGAUGUUUGAAUAAAUUUCCUAGACACUUAUUAUGCCUGUUUAAGCUAAGUAGAUAAUGGGUUCGCGGUAAUUGGGGCCUUAGGAUUUGGGCCGUGACAAUG